AUGGGAAGAAAGAAAAUUAAGAUUCAGCCUAUUGCAGACAACCGAAAUAGACAAGUGACAUUCUUGAAACGUAAACAUGGAUUGAUGAAAAAAGCAUAUGAAUUAUCAGUUCUAUGCAAUUGCGAAGUGGCUUUGAUUAUAUUCAACCCCAAAGGAAAAUUGGUGCAAUACGCAAGUUCGGAUAUGGACCAUAUCUUGAUGAAAUAUACAGAGGUAAGUUAA